CUAUAAGCAAAGCAAUGAAGCAAAACGUAACCAUCAUCGCAAACACGGGAACUUCGCAAAAGUAAACAAACUACGUAAAUAAUCUAAAUAAGAUUAGUUUUACAAUUUGAAUUUGUGAUUAUAUUGUGGCGCAUUUAUAUAGUCUUUGAUAUGGGGUUUACCCUUGCUAACAUCCUGAGCAGGCGUUUAAUGAGGAAUGUUCCCAAUUCUGUGCAAUCUCUUGCAGCAUUUCAUGGAAAAUCAAGAAUUGGUGACAGGGAUAUUGUGGGAUUUGGAAUGAAUGGUUCUUACACUUACAUUGAUAGAGUGGAUUAUCCCAUGCCUGCUAUACGUUUUAGGGAAAAUACUCCCGAAUCAAAAGCAUUGAGGGAAAAAGAAAAAGAAGAUUGGAAGAAAUUGACUCUUGAAGAGAAAAAAGCACUAUACAGGCACAGCUUUUGUUUGACUUUUUCGGAACAAAGAGCUCCUAAUGGUGAUUGGAAGUACAUGAUCGGCGGAACUUUUGCUUUUAUGGGACUCAUGUUAUGGGCUUAUUAUCUUAUGAAAAUUUAUGUUUACCCACCUCUGCCUUAUUCAAUGACUCCAGAGCAUCAAUCGAAAAUGUUGGAAAGAAUGAUUCAGCUUAGAGUAGAUCCAAUUGAUGGCCUAACUUCUAAGUAUGAUUAUGAGAACAACAAGUGGAAGGAUUAAACCUCUUCUCCUUGUAUUAUAAGGAUUUAAAAAUUUUGUAAAGGAAUAUUUUUUCAAAAAUUAUGUUGAUGAACAUGAUGUAAAAUUUUAUAUACUUUAUAAAUAAAUAAUUAAAUAAUAAUUAUUGAA